AGCAGAAUGCCCAACGUCAAGAAGAGUGUGCCCCGGAAGGACUCCGGCGUGGCAAAGGGCGGCUCCUGUGAACCCCCAAAGUCAGGACUGACCCGGGAGGACGAGAGCAGCCCCCAGGACCACCCUCCGUUCUUUUUUGUUAUAGGUCUGACAGAGAAGGUUACUGAAAUUUCCGAGCUGAGCAACAAGAAUGGGAAGAAUCAUAUCCAUGAGGAGGACAAAAUUUUAUCUUCAAGCAGUCUGGAAGGCAAGGUCAAGGAGACAAUGCACAAUGACUUUUGGGACCAUCUUAAAGACCAACUAUCAGCUACUCCCCCUGACUUCAACUGUGCUCUCGAACUUCUGAAAGAAAUUAAAGAGAUCUUGUUGUCAUUGCUGCUGCCACGCCAGAGCCGUCUAAGAAGUGAGAUUGAAGAAGCUUUGGACAUGGAGUUCCUCAAGCAGGAAGCCGAGCGUGGGGCCCUGAAUGUGUCCUGUCUUUCUAAGUACAUUCUCAAUGUAAUGACUUUGUUGUGUGCACCAGUUCGGGAUGAAGCAGUGCAGAAACUUGAGAACAUUACAGACCCUAUUCGGCUAUUGAGAGGGAUCUUCCAGGUUCUGGGCCUGAUGAAAAUGGACAUGGUGAACUACACUAUCCAGAGCCUUCAGCCCCAGCCACAGGAACAUUCCAUUCAGUACGAACGGGCUGUGUUCCAGGAACAACUCAACAAGCAGCCUGGCCUCCUCAGUCACACCACCAAAUGGCUGACCCAAGCAGCAGCAGACCUCACCACGCCACCUCCAGCUUGCCCUGACACUCCUGACUCUUCCAGUAUGGCUGGCCCCUCUCCAAAUGAGGUGGCCAACAACCCAGAGCCCCUCAGCCCUGCAAUGGUAUUGUCUCAGGGCUUCCUGAACCUCCUUCUUUGGGACCCUGAAAAUGAAGAGUUCCCUGAGACCCUGCUGACGGACAGAACUCGACUGCAGGAGCUGGAGUCCCAGUUGCACCAGUUAACCAUCCUGGCCUCAGUCUUGCUAGUGGCUAGUAGUUUCUCUGGCAGUGUUUUGUUUGGCUCACCACAGUUUGUGGAUAAACUGAAACGUAUAACCAAAUCUCUGUUGGAGGAAUUUAAUUCCAGGCCUGAGGAGGCUAUGCUGAGUGUGAGUGAACAAGUGUCUCAGGAAAUCCAUCAAAGCCUCAAGAAUAUGGGUCUUGCUGCUCUGAGCAGUGACAGCACAACAUCUUUGAUGGGACAGCUCCAGAACAUUGCCAAGAAGGAGAACUGUGUCUGUAGUGUCAUUGAUCAGCGGAUCCAUUUGUUUCUCAAAUGUUGUUUGGUUCUUGGUGUGCAGCGAUCUCUCUUAGACCUUCCUGGAGGCCUUACUCUCAUUGAGGCAGAGCUGGCGGAACUGGGCCAGAAGUUUGUCAGCUUGACACAUCACAAUCAGCAGGUGUUUGGGCCUUACUAUACUGAGAUCUUAAAAUCUCUCACCUCCCCAGCCCAGGCACUGAAAACAAAAGUGGAGUCUCGCUGAUAGCAUCGACUCAGAGACCGGGCACUUUAGAGCCAGGAGAAAGGCCCGUCUUCUUCCUGGGGUAACAUCUCCAGUGACCAGCAGAGCAGUGAGCCCUCCUCCUGCUCCCCACCGCUAGGCACACCAGGGCUGUAGUGAUCAAGCAUGUAAACACCAAUUGGCCCAAACCCACUCCCUAAUAAACGUCUGAACUGCAAG